AAAUUUUGCCUUAUAACACCAAAGCAAACACAAGUUCAAACAACCCUUCUUCUUCUUAACAUUUACACUAGGUCCAAACAAUGGCCUCAGUCCAGUGCUACAAACCAGCUGAGCAAACAUGCAACAACCAGUGUCACCAAAACCAACAAAACCACACUUUGGGCCAUAAAAUGUCUGAGAUGGUUAGCUCUGUCUUCAAGAAAGACCAAACACCCCACUGCCAAACCCAAUCCACAAUCACCAAGACCCACACCCACACCCAUGGCCAAACUGCUCAGAGCCUUGCAACUGGAAAUGUUAACAAUUGCCAUGGAAAGACAAGAAGGAACAAUGGUGAGCACAAGAGAAGGGGUCUGCUCCAAAAGAUCAAAGAUGGCAUUUCUGGUCAAAGUGACAGUGACAGUUGCAGCAGUAGUGACAGUGAAAGCGAUGAUGAGAAGUGUGGAAGGAAGAAGAACUAAGAGGUGGAUUGGAUCAAAUCAGAAGAAGGGUCUGCGUAUCUCAUAUAUAAUAAAGAAAUUAUGAAAAAUAAUAAUAAGAUGUAGAGCUUCGCAUCUGGUGUAUCUUAUUUAUGGUUAUGAAUAAAUAUUAAUACUUUAAUAAA